AUGUUCAAAUCACUGGAGGGGUUCCGUUGGGUGCAACAAGGGGUCACUCAUCCUUCUGAACCCCUCCCCAUUCCUCUCCACCCCUCACCACAUCUCAAAUCGACCAAGAGCGCAGUACGCACAGCACGCUUCCGUUACUGUAAGGGCUUCCGCCAGGCCAGGCUGACGGAAUUUCGCCCGGUACAACAAGGGGUCACUCACCCUCCUCCCCAUCCCUCCUCACUGUUCCCCACCCCUCCAUACCGCUCCCCAUCCCGUUCCACCACUCUUCACCCCUUCCAUUUCUUGUCUGCACAAGAGGGCAGUGGCAGUGCACACAGCACGUUCCCAUCCCUGGAGGGGUUUCGCCAGGCCAGGCUGAGAGGGUUCGGCCUUGUGCAAGAAGGGGUUCCUCAUCCUCCCCCUCAACCCCUCCCCAUUCACCAGGGUGAGUGCGUGACAUCCCCUGCUCUGGCGAUCCCACCUCUCUCACACCUCUCUCCCACCUCUCUCACACCUCUCUCACACCUCUCUCCCACCUCUCUCCCACCUCGCUCCCACCUCUCUCACACCUCUCUCCCACCUCUCUCCCACACCUCUCCCACCUCUACCGCUUCUUCUCGAAUCAUCGCGCCUUCCUUUCUCUGCCCACCUCUCCUCCUCUUCCAUCGCGCCUUCCUUUCUCUGCCCACCUCUCCUCCUCUUCCAUCGCGCCUUCCUUUCUCUGCCCACCUCUCCUCCUCUUCCAUCGCGCCUUCCUUUCUCUGCCCACCUCUCCUCCUCUUCCAUCGCGCCUUCCUUUCUCUGCCCACCUCUCCUCCUCUUCUAUCGCGCCUUCCUUUCUCUGCCCACCUCUCCUCCUCUUCCAUCGCGCCUUCCUUUCUCUGCCCACCUCUCCUCCUCUUCCAUCGCGCCUUCCUUUCUCUGCCCACCUCUCCUCCUCUUCCAUCGCGCCUUCCUUUCUCUGCCCACCUCUCCUCCUCUUCCAUCGCGCCUUCCUUUCUCUGCCCACCUCUCCUCCUCUUCCAUCGCGCCUUCCUUUCUCUGCCCACCUCUCCUCCUCUUCCAUCGCGCCUUCCUUUCUCUGCCCACCUCUCCUCCUCUUCCAUCGCGCCUUCCUUUCUCUGCCCACCUCUCCUCCUCUUCCAUCGCGCCUUCCUUUCUCUGCCCACCUCUCCUCCUCUUCCAUCGCGCCUUCCUUUCUCUGCCCACCUCUCCUCCUCUUCUAUCGCGCCUUCCUUUCUCUGCCCACCUCUCCUCCUCUUCCAUCGCGCCUUCCUUUCUCUGCCCACCUCUCCUCCUCUUCCAUCGCGCCUUCCUUUCUCUGCCCACCUCUCCUCCUCUUCCAUCGCGCCUUCCUUUCUCUGCCCACCUCUCCUCCUCUUCCAUCGCGCCUUCCUUUCUCUGCCCACCUCUCCUCCUCUUCCAUCGCGCCUUCCUUUCUCUGCCCACCUCUCCUCCUCUUCCAUCGCGCCUUCCUUUCUCUGCCCACCUCUCCUCCUCUUCCAUCGCGCCUUCCUUUCUCUGCCCACCUCUCCUCCUCUUCCAUCGCGCCUUCCUUUCUCUGCCCACCUCUCCUCCUCUUCCAUCGCGCCUUCCUUUCUCUGCCCACCUCUCCUCCUCUUCCAUCUCGCCUUCCCUGCUCCGCCCAUCUUCCCACCUCUCGUGCUCGCUAUGUUCCACACAUUGCCCAUCUUGAAACAUCUGCUGCCUCCACCGCUCCCCACCGCUCCCCACUCCCAGGAGUACUCGAGCCUGAGUGUGGAGCCCUGCGAGGGGGAGGAGAUCGUUGUCACACUCUUCUCCAUACCCGCUACUGAGGUGCCUGCAUUCAUGGAACGAGAGCAUGAGUUCCGGUUCCUUCUUGUUCCCCCGAGCAGAUUAUCACCAGUAGCAGCAUCACCAGGUUCAGCAGCAGCAGAAUCAGCAUCACUGGCACUUGAACCAACGCCUGUCGCAGUCAUCUGCAGUCGCUACAGCGAUCAAGAGUACCUUCAAAUCCGUCUCAAAGGCGACACGGAGGAGUAUGAGAGGCAGUACGGCAGGUGGGGUGUGGCGAGGGUGUGGGACGACUCGUUACUGCCAUGCCGCGUGUACCUGCGGCACUGUGUGCUGGCAGCGCAAUGGCUAGGAGAAGAGGCGCUUGCAAGUUUCCUGGACCACACGUUUCUGGCCGACCGUCAGACCACCCGACCUCUACCAUUUACGAGUACCAUUUGCCCUUCCCUUACCCCAUUCCCCUGGUGCAGUGUGCUGGCAGCGCAAGGGCUAGGAGAAGAGGCGCUUGCAAGUUUCCUGGACCACACGUUUCUGGCCGACCGUCAGACCACUAUUCGCCAGUACCUGCUUCUGCAUCCAAACAUCAUGUCCGAGCUUCCUCCGCCGAGCCUGGCAGAUAGGUAUGGUGGCUGA